ACUAAUAGCUAUCUGUCAAACUUUUACCGUCGUCGUGUGUUGUCGAUAGUUCGUUGCAAUACAAUGCCUAAAUCUAACGAUACAUUUUCAUCGCAUAUUAUGAAAACGUGACCGAUUUCAUGGUUUAUAACUUCAAAUGGAUAAUUUGGAAAUCGUUACUUACACCAAAGAGUAGAAAAAACAAUUUUACCCCCUACUUUUAUCUAGACAAAAAUGUCGAAGAAUGGCGAAGUGACAUCAAAUCAAGGGCCCAGCAGACCUAGUAUGCCAAGGCCAGACUUAAAUUUAUUCAAUUCUGAAAAACGUAAAGUACUCGAGCUGCCGUUAGGAGGCCCAUCGAGCGAUGGUGCAGCUUUUAUGCCAUUCCCUCCGAAUACCUCGACAGCACAGAGGCCUAGAGUACCAUCACGUACUAUUAGAGAUGUUCUACCUGAAAAUGCCAGGGACAGAUGUAGGAUUUAUCCAUCCAUGCAAUCAUCAGGUAAACUUCAACUAUCUGCUACAGAAAUAUAUGAUUUUACAGCUGAUGAUUUGCAGGAUUUGGGUGAAAUUGGUAGAGGUGCAUUUGGAGCAGUCAACAAAAUGGUCCACAGAAAAACUAAUCGUGUUAUGGCUGUGAAACGUAUAAGGUCUACAGUGGAUGAAAAAGAACAGAAGCAGUUACUAAUGGACUUAGAAGUAGUAAUGAAAAGUAAUGAUUGCCCAUAUAUUGUAGAAUUUUAUGGGGCACUAUUUAAAGAAGGUGAUUGCUGGAUUUGUAUGGAGCUUAUGGAUACAUCUUUAGACAAAUUUUAUAAAUUCAUAUGUGAAAGAAUGCAAACUCGGAUACCUGAAAAUAUUAUAGCUAAAAUUACACUUGCAACAGUCAAAGCUUUAAAUUAUUUAAAAGAGAAACUAAAAAUAAUUCAUAGGGAUGUCAAACCAUCAAACAUACUUCUAGACAGAAGAGGUAACAUAAAAUUAUGUGAUUUCGGUAUAUCUGGAAAAUUGGUGGAUUCUAUAGCCCGUACACGUGACGCUGGAUGUAGACCAUAUAUGGCACCAGAACGUAUAGAUCCGGGGCGAGCACGAGGAUACGACGUGCGGUCAGACGUAUGGUCCCUGGGUAUCACUCUGAUGGAGGUGGCGACAGGCGCAUUCCCCUACCCACGCUGGGGCUCCGUGUUCGAGCAACUCCAGCAAGUCGUACAGGGUGACCCGCCGCGCCUUACCAAUAAUAAUAACACUUUCUCGAAUAACUUUGUCGAGUUUGUUAAUACUUGCCUCAUUAAAGAAGAAACUCAACGUCCGAAAUACAACAGACUAUUGGAAAGUCCAUUUAUAAAAGGUAUUGACCAAAGUAGAGUCGAUGUGGCUGCAUAUGUGUGUGAAGUCCUUGAUGCAAUGGAACGUAAUGGAGUCAGUCCAUUCACCACAGACCAACCUGCGCAGGCGUGGGUGGAUUAAUCAUUACUUCUUUUGUAUAAAUAUUUAAUUACACACUGUUUCUCUGUACAUUACUGAUUUAGUUAAUGAAUUAAUGACACUAAAACGCACUUGACAUGUACACUCGCGUUUUAAGGACCUAUAUAUACUCAUAUCUGUUAUUCUGUAUAAAGAUGUAUAAGGAAAACGACACCAUAGUCUUUACAGUUCUCUGUACAUAAAACAGUUAUUCCUGAACCAUUACCAUGAACUGUUAGCCAUCACUCACUUAGUAUUUUUCCAGUAUAAGAAAUAGACCUUACUUAACUCAAAAAACUAAUGUCUAUUUCUUAUAAUAUGGCAAGAUACUCAUAAUACCUGCACAGAUGAUAGAAAACAAGUGACUUAUUUUAGUCCAUUAUAAUGAAACUUUUAAAAUUAUAUACACGUCAGUUUAAUUACAUGAGUGACAAAGUGCUAUUUUGUUUUCUGCAAUAAAAAAAAAUUUUCUUUAUUUGUGCAAGACUAAACUUUUAUAUACAGUUUGCAACAACUAUUUAUACAGUACUUAAAACUGUAUAUGUAUAUAGCGCUUUAAAAAAAGAAUAAAAAGGUUUCUUCAGGGUCGGCAACUUGCAAGUAAUGCCCCUGGUAUUGCAGGCAUUCAUAAACUACAGUAACUGCUUACCAUCAGGUGGGUCGUUUUCUUGUUUGCCAUCUCAGUGGUAAAAAAAUGCUAAUACAUAUACUGUAAGAUUGGACCUAUGUGGCUCUAGCACAUUACCUCUUACCUGUAUAUAUAAAAUAUCUUUAUACAAUGUAUUAUGUACAUACACAACCUAACAUACUCUUAUAUUAAAAUUAAUUCAACUAUAAUUGUAAAAAUAUUAAUCAAAAAUAAUUGUGAUAUAACAUAGGACUCUAAAUUGAAUAAAAUCGGAUAAAAAUAAAGAGUUCAUGGUAGUCAUCUAGGUUUCAUUUAAUUAUGUUCAUAUCAGUAUAUUAAUGUAAAUGUACACAACAAAUAUAAUAGCACGAAUAUUUAUAUAUAGGACCUAAAAAACGCGAACCACAUGAAAGGCACAUGUUUGGGCGUGGUGCUUGACAGAGAUUGUAUAGAAAUGGUUUUCACUGAUUAGGUAAUCAUGUCACGUUAUACAUAUAUAUCUAGACCUGGAUUAUCUAUUUAUAUAUAAUAUUUCCUGGAAUAGAUGAUCUGUCAGUGCACUACAGAACCAGAUAUGGCUUAAAUGUAUGGUCAAUGUCUAUUACAUCUGCUGUAAUGUCAUUUACAGUAGAAAGAGUUGCAAUUUAUAGUAAGUAUUUCUGUAUGAAAAGUUUGUAGUAUAUGUUAGGACAAGUAGGACAAUUCUUUAAAACUUUAUCUUACAGUUUGCAGUUUAAAAAUGUUUUAUAAAUAUGUAUUUAGUAUGAUUCUAUAACAUUUACAUAUUACUAUAUCAUACCAAGUUCUCAAUACAAAGCAUAUAUUUAAUAAAAUAAAAGUAAACUAUUUUAUCUACGAUCAUUCCCAGUGGUAUUCAAACCAAUAUAUGUGGACUGGAAGUUUUCGUUUAUCCAUAAUAAGACAAAGCAAAAUAGGAUGGGUCAUUCUUUUUACACUACUAAUUAUUUCUACCUACUUCUUCUUCUUUUCAUUUUAGAAUUUCCUCUUGUCAGUGCAACUAAUUCAUGCAUCUUCCAGCCAGUUUAUCCCAGGCCAUAUCCUUAACCUCCCUAUACGACAUGACACCUAGUGUUUCUUUUACCUGUCCCAUGAAGUUAUUCCUCAGUCUUCCUCUUUUGCCCUCUAUUUUUCCCUCUACUAUACUCUUAAAAAAUCAUCAUGUCGUAUUUAGGUGGCCCAGCAUUUUGCCUCUUCUAUUCUCUAUUAUUUUAAUUAAUGUUCUUUUCUCGUUCACUCUUUUCAGGACUUCCUCAUUCGUCUCCUCUAUGUCCGUAUGCCUCAAGUAUCUUUUUUUCUUUUGCGUCAUUGUUCAUUAUUGAUUCUAUCUACUUAUUGAGCACUAUUUAAAAUUUUAUUAGACUUUUACUUCCUUAAAAUAGACAAAUAUGUAGUUAUAUACAAGUCAACAAAAGACAUCAAGAUCAAUAUAAAUGCGAAAAAAUGCAAUAUAUAUAUAUAUAUACUUCUGUUCACAUUCCUCUUUUCAUUCACUUGUAUGCUGGUUCUAUCAGCUCAUGAUGGCUCAAUUCCGGUCAACAUUUAGGAUUGCAGUAUAUUAUUGUUGUUAUAAAUAAAGUUUGUUUAUAUAAAGUUACAGAUUUCAUUUGGUGUAAUAUAUGUGUUAUAUUGAGAACCUGGCCAAAUUAUUGUUUGUGAAUGUAAAAAAUGUAUUGUGAAUGUGACUUGCUGACAGUAGGUUUUCUUUGGCUGAUUGAAUAUAUAUUGGUUUAUAUUUUGACACAGGUCAUGUAGGUAAUUUUAUAAAUUUGUAUAUACAGACAAGUUAAAUGUAAUAACUAAAUUAGUGACCAUUUUUAUAUAAUUUCAUUGGAAUUGGCAGAAUAAUUUAUACAAAUUAUAAUAGGCAUUUGAAACACACUUAAAUUUUUUUUCACUGUAUUUAAUCAAAAUUUCUAUUUAUAAGAUUUGGUUCUCAAUACUACUGUAUAUUUAGAAUAGAAAGAUAAAUUAGUA